AUGUAUGGAUCAGGAACAUGGGCUAUAAGAAGAAAAGAGGAAGUAAAGCUUGAGAGAACAGAGAUAAGAAUGCUGAGGUGGAUCAUGGGAAUAUUGCUGUUUGAGAGAUUGGAAAAUGGGGAAAUAAGAGGAAGAGCAGGCUUAGUAAAGAUAACAGAGGUCCUAGGAGAGUCACAAAUGAGAUGGUAUGGGCAUGUGUUGAGGAUGGAUGACGAGGAGAAAGUGAAGAGGGCAAUGGAAGAACCUGUUAGAGGAAGAAGACCGAGAGGUAGACAGAGAAUUAGAUGGCGAGAUAAAGUGAAGGAAGAUAUAAAGAGAAGAGGUUUGGUGGAGGAUGAUGCCUUUGAUAGAAGGAAGUGA